AAGAAAAACAACCUCUCUCAUGAGGAAAAAAUGCUGCUCCAGCUAUUACAAAAUCGUUUUUAGAAAGUUGCUUAUAUGUUUGAUGGUUUAUGUAUCUUCUAUGUAUCAGUAACAUACAUACACGCAUGUAGACAAAGUUAUUAAAAGUGAGUCUUUAGUCCUUAUUUGCACAAGAAAAUGGAGGUUAACACCCAAAUGAGCACGUUAAGGCAGCAAAAACAAGAAAAAAACACAUUUAAAACGAUCGUGUAUGUUUUAGAGGUCUUAUCCUUCCUCCAUACAAUCUGCACGGCCUGUGGCCCCCAGAGGUCGCUGUGCGCUUUGGCACACUGGAAACCACCUGGGCGUUAUCUUUGAACCUGCUCAAUCGAUAACCAAACCCAACACAAUCUCCCCACUCAGCCACACACACUCUGAGGUGAUCAUUUCUUUCCAAUCAAGCCUCCGAACUGUCGGGCAGACUUUAACCGGAGCAGACAGAAACUUGGAGAAGAGGUUUAAAUAAAUAAAAAAGAUCAAUUAGUGCGGUUUGAGGGGUAAGUUGAGGGUGUGUAAUGGGUUAACGGCGGAAGGCCUCGCCUCACCUUUAGUGCGCGUCACCCGGCUCUGUAAAGUGGUCCCACCAUCCCAGCGUCCAGUAUUCAAAGGAAGGGAAAUCACCGCCUCUCGCCGCCGCCAGACGCGCAUCCUCUCCCCGGCAUCAUCCAGUCGGUCUCCGCCCCGCCGCUCCAUCAUCUCACACAUCCACAAGACAUCGGGAACUGAAGGGAAUAAGAGUGAUAUACCGGAACCAUGAAGGACCGCAUGCAAGAACUUAAACAUGGUAAGGAGACAACAGAGGAGGAGGAUGAAGUGGCAGUGGGGAUGGAAAAAGGCUUCAUGGACGAAUUCUUUGAACAGGUGGAGGAGAUCCGGGGUUUUAUCGAGUCGCUGGCGGAGAAAGUCGAGGAGGUGAAGAGGAAGCACAGCGCCAUCCUCGCCUCACCUAACCCUGAUGAGAAAACUAAGGCAGAGCUGGAGGAUCUUAUGGCAGAUAUCAAGAAGUUGGCCAACAAAAUACGCUCCAAAUUAAAGAGUAUCCAGCAAACCAUUGAGCAAGAAGAAGGCCAGAACAGGUCAUCAGCCGACCUGAGGAUACGCAAGACACAGCACUCCACACUGUCCCGUAAGUUUGUCGAGGUGAUGUCAGAAUACAACACCACCCAGUCGGACUACAGGGAGCGCUGCAAAGGACGCAUUCAGAGACAGCUGGAGAUAACUGGGAGAAACACAACAAAUGAGGAGCUGGAGAGCAUGUUGGAGAGUGACAACCCGGCUAUCUUUACCUCGGGGAUCGUUAUGGACAACAUCACUGAGCAAGCUAUGAAUGAGAUCGAGACGCGGCACACUGAGAUCAUCAAGCUGGAAAACAGCAUCAGAGAGCUUCACGACAUGUUCAUGGAUAUGGCCAUGAUGGUGGAGAGCCAGGGGGAAAUGAUAGACCGCAUAGAGUACAAUGUGGAGCACUCAGUAGACUAUGUGGAGAGGGCAGUAUCAGACACUAAGAAGGCGGUUAAAUACCAGAGUAAAGCCCGGAGGAAGAAGAUCCUGAUAGGAUGUUGUGUUGCAGUAUGUCUCACCGUCCUCAUUAUUUCCCUCGCAGUUGGACUCAGUUAGGACCCUAAAAAAUUCCAACAGUGCAGACAGGGCAGGAGAUGAUGCCUCCCUCUUAGGGUCACGCGUUCGGCUAUAGUCGUCUAUGCAUUGUGAAAUCAGUAACUGCUUGUGAAGUAGGAAGCAGACUUGCAUUACUGCUCUGAAGGCACUUAGAUGUUUUAACUUUUAAAUGCAUUAUUUUUAAUAUACACUUUUUCUAAACUAAACAGUCAAAAACACUGAGGAACCAAUGUGGGCUUUGUGUCUGUGAAAUGAUUCACAUACCGCUGUCAUGUGCAUGUUCUGCUGCCUGUUGAAGAACUUUGCAUGUUUUUCUACAAAUACAAAUCUGUGUGGUUAUGUUAACUGAUAAUCAAAAUAAACUGUUGAACAGUCAGCCUCUCACAUACUCACAGAUGUAUCCGAGGACCCUGAUAAUGUUUUAUGAGUCCAUUAUUCUUAAACAAAUAUAAACUUUGCCUGUUUUUAUAGCUUUAAAGGAAUAUUUUGCUAAUUUGGGUAAUACACUUAUUUGCUUGCUGGGAGUGAACGAGGGGAUCGAUAAAAAAACACAAUAUAUAAAAACAAAGCAAGUUGUGGUUUUUUGGGAUUAUGUUUCUGGACUAUUUCUUGGUCUGCCACAGUCACUUCUGCUGAUUAAUGUUGAUGACAGUAUUCCAGGAAGUCACUGCACCUGGCAGCAACAUGCACAGCUAGAUAGUUAGAUAGUUUGGCCAUUGCGCUUGGAAGAAACUAUCCGUCUCAGCUCUGAUUGGUUGUUUUCAUUUAGACACAGUGGAUUCUUGAACAUGCCGUUAGGAGUACUGAGGAGCCAGAGUAAAUUGUGCAGUAAUUAGUGAGGCCCGGUCCCAAGAAACACUAAUAAUAAUAAUAAUAAUACAUUUUAUUUAAAGGCGCCUCUCUGGGCACUCGAGGACACCGUACAAC